UGUCUCGUUUUAUUAAACAAGAUCCUGAAGCUACCUAGCCUUGUAUCCCUAAGCUUUUGAUAUGUUAUUACAGUACUUGUGAUUUUCUUUUUCUAUUUGCCAUCCAGUCAGCCUUAUCACCACAUAUUUUAAUGAAUUUUGCAGAUUAAAUUAAAAAAUAAUGCAAGUCAAUCCGCCCAAAGGUAGCUGAAGAUGUCUGAGCUGUGAUUUUUUGAACGCCUAGGUUUAGUCUCAUAUCAAUUAAGUUAAGCCGCCCAAAGGCAGCUGAAGAUGUCUGAGCUGUGAUUCUUUGAACGCCAAGGUUUAGUCUCAUAUCAAUUAAGUCAAGCCGCCCAAAGGCAGCUGAAGAUGUCAGAUCUGUGAUUUUUUGAACGCCAAGGUUCAGUCUCAUAUCAAUUAUCAAAGUUACAGUGGUCUGGUUUUAUAAAACAAGAUCCUACAGCCACCAAGCAUACUCAACCUGGUUUAUCAAUUUUCUGAAGUCUUCUAUUUGACACCAAAACCACAUCAUGAGCUCCAAGGAAAGCCAGAUCGGUGCAUCCAUCAAUGAAGAGGACAGUCUUUCCCAGUAUGCUAUGCAACUAGCAACUGCAUCAGUGUUGCCCAUGGUGUUGAAAGCAGCAAUAGAGCUUGGUGUGCUUGAGAUUUUGGAUAGAGCUGGCCCUGGAGCACUUCUUUCUACUUCCCAAAUAGCAUCCCAGCUCCCCACUCACAGCAAUCAAGACAAGUCUUUGCUUCUUGAUUGUAUGCUCAUGCUUCUUGCUAGCCACUCUAUACUCACUUGCUCUAUAGGAACCCAUCAGCAUGAUGGCCAAGUUUCCAGGCUCUAUGGUUUGGCACCUGUUUCCAAAUACUUCAUCAAAAACAAGGAUGGAUUUGGAGGAACACUCGCACCCUUCUUAGAUUUGUUCCAGGACAAAGUCACGAUGAAUAUCUGGUACCAUUUAAAAGAUGCAAUUUUGGAAGGAGGAAUUCCAUUUUCCAGGGCUUAUGGCAUGGAAGCAACUAAGUACGCUCGGAAGGAUGACAAAUUCCGUGAAACUUUCAUAGGCUCAAUGAAAGAUUUGAACCCAUUAGUUAUGAAGAAGAUUCUUGAGAAAUACAAGGGUUUUGAAGGUCUGAAAUUGCUGGUGGAUGUAGGAGGUGGUGAUGGCACUCUCCUUAACAUGAUCAUCUCCAAGUACCCUACCAUUAAGGGUGUUAACUUUGACUUGGCCUCUGUUAUAGAAAAGUCUCCCUCCUAUCCUGGUAUUGAGCACAUUGCUGGAGACAUGCUCGUGAGUAUUCCAAAAGGAGAUGCCAUUUUUAUGAAGUGGAUACUUCAUCAUUACGACGAGAAAAAAUGCUUGAAGGUACUAAAAAAUUGCUAUGAAGCACUACCAGACCAGGGAAAAGUGAUAAUAGUAGAUAUGGUGGUUCCAGAAGCCCCUGCAACUACUGGUGAGUAUAAAAGUUUGCUUCAGUUAUAUUUGUUCCUGAUGAAUUCAAACCCAGAGGGAAAGGAGAAGACAGAGAGAGAAUUAGAAUGUUUGGCAAAAGAAGCAGGAUUUUCGGGUAUUCAAGUGGCAUGUUGUGCUUAUACUUUUUCAGUUGUGGAGUUAUACAAAAAUAUGUAAUAUUUAGUCAUCACAUGUUCUACAAUUAUAUCAGUAGACAUCAAUAAAAUGUUCCCUAAAACAUGUACUGUAUGAAUGAUAAAAAUGCAUAGAACCUCUGCUAACUCUCUUGUUAGAGGCAAAAGCAACAGGAUUUUAGGGUAUUAAAGUGGCAUGUUGGACUUAUAAUUUUCAUUUCUGGAGUUCUACAAUAAUAUGUAACAUUUAGUCA